AUGGAAACAAGAUCGAAGCUAGAGGAUAAAGCAUUGAAAAUGCUAGAGGCUGCAUUAAGCAAAGCUUCUCAAAAUAAAGUUCAACCAGAAAAUGAAAAAUUUAGAAGAAGGUUGGAAGAGAUCCAGAACAAAAAUGAUCAAACGGAACAAGAAUCCGAAAAACUUAAAGAAUAUGAAAAACUUCUGUUGCAAAUUAAUGAAACUCUUAAACAAGAAUACGAUAAUUUUAAAGAACAAGAAUAUGAAAGACUUAAAAAACUAAUGAAAAAUAUGGAGAUAUUUAUUGAUCCUGAAGAAAAACAACAAAUUUUGGACAUUAUCGGGACUCUUGCACGAGGAGUUAGGGGUGGUUGGUUUCAAGAGUCACGUGUUGCUAUUGUGAUGUGUCAACUAGGGACUCUUGUUAGUGAUCUAGACAACUUAAUUAAAAAACUAAUACAAGAUUUUAAGGAUCUUGUAUUAGGAGGUGAAGCAAAAUCAUUCGCGAAAAUAUGCAUCUCAUCGUUGAAAAAGUCCCAUGAACUAUAUGUGGAAGGACAUGUUGAUACAAUGAAUGGAACAACAUCACUUGUUCGUCUCUGCACAAACGCCUUGCAAUUACGAGAGACCAUUGAUAAAACAACGCGCAAGAUUGUCGACUAUUUUGUCGAUUUACAUCGUACAGGAAUUUUGUAUACUACAUCAAUAAUAACGAAAUUCAAAGUACUCGAUAAAAAUGAGGAAGUUAUGAAAGCAAUCAAGUUCUUCAAAAUUUUAAGCAUGAUGGUAGGAGGAAUGAAAGUGAAAGAUGCUCAACAAAUAUAUUCAAUUCUUCAACAAGAGAUGAAUACUCAUGAGGUUCACCCAUCAGAACUGGAUAAACAAUGGGAACCUUACUAUUUAUAUGUGCAGAAGCUUAGUAACAUAAUGACGAAAGGAGGGGUUAGAAUAGAUAACUCCGCUGGUGAUCCAAGUAAAAGACGAUCUGCCAACAAUACUAAAAAUCGACAAUCUUUGAAACGCAAUGCAAAGCAUGAUGAGCACAUUGAUUCGAACUCGGAGAAUCAAGAAAAUUAUGAAGGGAUUGUUACUUCUACGAAAGAACGUAUCGGGAUGUCUUCAUUCAAUGUUGAAGAUACGAAUAAUUCUUUAGUUAACAGCAAUGAAAAGCCGACAGGCAAUAAACGGUCUGCACCAAUUGAUGAUGAUGAUGAGAAUUUAAGGUCUCCAAAGAAAAGAAAGCCUACAAAUAACAGAAGACGACAUGAUAAGGAUGAAGAGGAGGCCAGUAAUGAAGGAAAUGAACUGUCAGGAAGUGAUGAAAGUUUUCAAAGUCUGACAGAUGUUCGCACCAAGAAGAAAAUACGACGAUAA